UUCAAACUUCACAUAUAGCCGUUGGUCAGCUGAGCCACCAGACCCUUUCCCUGAAUCAACCAACCAUCACAGCCAAUCUUUGCCAAGCCGUCCGCCGCCGCCGCCGAAGACGCCGCCAUGGGGAGGCUCAGCGCCAAGUCCGACUACGAGAGCCUCCGCGACUCUCGCAUCUCCGAGAACAUGGCCCGGAUGGAGAUGCUCGGCCUGCGCCGCUGCGCGGGGGAGCUCAGCGACAUCGCCUCCGCCUCGGCCUCCUGCCGCCGCGCGGCCGGGAGCGGCAGCCCCCGGAAGAAUCCCAGGCCGCGGGUCAUGAGCAUGACCCCGCUCCGCCGCUCCAGCCGCCUCGUCGCUGCGACGCCGACCGGCUCCGCGUCCACCCACCGCCGCUCCGCGCGGCUGAACGGGCAGGACGUGCAGCACAAGGCGCUGCCUCCCAAAGGGGCUUUGAGUAAAUUGGCCGCAGUGGCGGCGGCGGCGGAGGAGGAGGAGGAGUCAGAGGACGAAGAGAAAGCAGUGGUGGUGGUCGACAAGGAGAGGGUGCAGGCGCUGCAGGAGAGGCGGUGCGACAGCAAGGGGAGAGGGGGCGUGUACGACCCUGUUCUUGGGAUCUGCUGCCAUUUCUGCAGGCAGAAGAAAUUGUGCGGAGAGGAGGACUGCAAGCGCUGCGGGGAAGGAGACCUGAAGCAGCCAUGCUUAGGCAAGACGGAGUGCUCAUCUUGCCAUUCUUCGCAAGGGAUACUCUGCCGUGCUUGCCUGAAAGUGAGGUACGGAGAAGAGAUGGAAGAAGUGAGGAAGAACAAGAACUGGAUGUGUCCUCACUGCAUCGAGGAGAAGGGUAUCAAGAAGUUCUGGAUAUGCAACAGCUCCAUCUGCUUGAAGAGGAAGAAGAUAGCACCGACUGGGAUUGCCAUAUAUGACGCAAGGGAGCAAGGAUACGAGUCAGUUGCUCACCUUCUCAUGGACAGGCUAAAGCGCCAAGCAUUCUGAUGACAGCGACUUCGGUGAUGAUGGUCGAGAAUGUAACGGAAGACCCGUUUGAUUAGUAGCAAUUUAGAUGAUAGAUAUCUUAGGAGAAAUGUGAAGCUUUUGUGCUCAAGAAUGUGAAGCUAGGAACCCUGUAUCUCCGAUUUUUCAGAAUUUGACAGUCACAGUGAUCAUCUUGAUGAUAGCUUGUCUAUUCACUGUCAUCGCACUCUGUCGAGGAUCAAAGCAAGGAUUAUACACAGUCUGUCUGUGUUAUGGAUCAGAAUGUAAACCAAAAUCAAAUGUUGUUUGUCACGAACUCAAUGAAAAUUGUCAUUUUACUGUG